UUACUUUACACUUUGCACAUUUCACUAUAAAUCAAAUCAAAACAGUAAACUCAAAGUUUGAAUAAACAUGAAUUUCGUACAAUCUGAAAAUGUCGAUAAUAAAGAACGUGCUCGGCAACAAUUAAGGGAAGCAAGAAAUGAAAUGUUGGCAAAUGCUAAGGAAAGGGCGAUGCAAGCAGAACAAAAAGUACAUCAAGAUCCUAAAAAAGAAAGUAACGGUACGAAGCUUGAAAGAAGAGAACGUGAGAACAAAAAAUGCAAAAAACGAAAAGAUAAGAAAAAAAAAUCCAAAAAGAGCAAAAAGAAACGGCAUAAAAAGCCCCAAUCGGAUAAUAGCAGCAGCAUAGAUAGUUCUGAAAGUGACACUAAUGACAAUUAUGAGGAACAUUGCAACAAAAAUGAGUUUAGGAAAAGCAAAAAGAAAUCUCAUCGAAGAAGUAAAAGUCCGAAAAUAACUGAAGAAUGUACUUUAGAACGUGAUACUUGGAUGACCGACACUUUAUUGUUAAAGACCUAUAGCAAGGAACGCGUUGAAAAAAAAGCUAACGAGAAGGAGGCAUUUGAAACUUAUGAUCCCUGCAGAAAUAUAAGGGAACUAAAUCCCUAUUGGAAAGCCACAGGUACGGGUUUGCCAACUACUUUUCAGAAGCCAAAAAAUGACACUGAUGAAGAUGAAGGUGGAACUUCCAGUAGCAAGGGUAUUUGUAACAAAAAGAACGAUGUAACCUCCCAAAGUUGGAGAAAGAAAGAUACUGGAAAAGACAAUAAAUUUCUAUCCAGAAAUAGAUCGAACACUUCGAGUAGUGAUACAUCGGCGGUAAUCAGUGAAAGAUUAUCGAAUAGUGAUGAUAAAGAAGGGAUUAAGAAGCAGUAUGAAGUAUCUGCCAUAAACGACGUCUUAACAGAUCAACAAAUGAAUGAGUUGGGUGCAAAACUUAUUAAGGCGGAAAUCAUGGGUAAUAUGAUUUUGGCUGAAGAACUGAAGAAUAAGUUGGAAAACGCACGAAAAAGUCGUUUUGAAUUAAAAAAGCGUAAGAAUAUUGAUUUGAACCAACUAAACGGAUAUGAAAAACGACCCAUACCAAGUCAACACAUACUCCUCACUUACACUGAUGCGGCGGGAUGUAGCAAACCUCUACCUCGAGCAAAUUGCUCACAUCCUCGUGAUCUAGAUGGCAAUCACCAAAAGAGUAGAAAACGACCCCGUAUUGAAACCCAUGACCAAGGACAACGUAUUCGUUAUUUUGCCGACGAUGACAAGUAUGAUAUAAAACAAAUGUUUGAAAAAGAAAAGUACACAAGCGCCGCUGACAAUAAUAUGGAAUUUGCUAAUAUCGUUGGCAAGCACAAUAGUUUGCGGGACGAUGUUGAAGAUAUAUUUACUGAAAAGGCUAGUCAAUACGAUCAACAAAAGGCUGACAAAAAGCUCAUACACCAAUGUAUUAGAGAUCAUCAAAAACUGGAAAAGGUUCUAGAUAACUGUGACAAAUGCUUUGAUUCAACAAGAAUGCAAAAGGAAUUAUUAGUGACUGUCGGCGAAAAAGUUUACCUAGCACUUCCUUGGCAUGUGGGUUUGCAAACGGGCCAUUGCGUUAUAGCAUCCAACCAGCAUGUUGCGUGCGCAACGCAAUUAGAUGAAGACGCUUGGUCAGAGGUUCAAGAAUUUCGUAAAGCUUUAACUCGCAUGUUUGAGAGACAACAUAAGGAUGUUGUAUUCUAUGAAAUAGCUAAUCGUCUACAUAGGAAGCCUCACAUGACCAUUCAUUGCGUUCCAGUACACCAGAAAGAAGGCGAAAUGGCUCCUUUCUACUUUAAGAAAGCUAUUGAAGAAUCGGAACGUGAAUGGAGUGUUAAUAAACAAUUGAUAACGCUGCGUGAACGUUCCUUUCGCAAAUGUAUACCAAAAGGUUUACCUUAUUUUUGGGUUAAUUUUGGUAUGGACACCGGAUUUGCUCAUGUCAUUGAAGACGAAGACCGUUUUCCUGCUAAUUUUGCCCAGGAGAUUAUUGGUGGUCUACUUCAAAUGGAGUCUAGCAAAUGGCGUAAACUCCACAAGGAGCAAAAUGUUAAACAAAAAGUACAAAUGUUUACCAACUGCUGGGAAAAGUACGAUUUCACGAGAUAAAUUUUGUGCAGCAAUAAAAAACUAUUUAAAGAUGUGAAGAUAAAUUCAAAUUUCACUAGCACGGACACCUACCAUAUCCGUUUAUAAAACUCUGCUAACGCCUUAACAGAGCUCUGUUCAACAAUUAAAAUUAAAAUAUAGUUGGACUUGAAAGGCUGCUGAAUGAUUCUAGCGGUAGCCUAAAUGAGGGUAGCAAUCAUUUCUUUAUCCAUUUAAUUAUCGUUUGAUGAAAUGAUAUUUGAAUUUUGCUAACCGAUUUUCUAAUAAUCCAAGUUCUAAAAGUAAUAAAACCAAAAU